AUGGUUACUAAAAAGGAAUUUCUUGAAGAAUUAACAAAUGCAACAAAUGAAGCAAUUAAAGCAGCUGAUAAAAAUGGUGAUAACCAAUUAUCAAAGAAAGAAGUUAAUGACAUGUACAAGAAAUGCAAAUACCCAAACCCAACUUUGGCAACCAAUUCAUUAUUUGAACUAUUUGAUCUUGACAAAGAUGGAAAACUUUCGGUUAAUGAAGUUAAAACUGCAGUACUUGUAGAUUAUAUUAUUGAAGCUGAAACUUGUUUAAAAAAAUUCGUUGAUAUUAUUUUUAAGGCUGAUUCAAAUAAAGAUAAUAAAAUUACUUGGGAUGAGGCCAGACAAUAUUUCAUUACUAGUGGUUCAAAUGAAGCUCAAGCUAAAGUCUUGGCCAACUCAAUGUUUGAAGAUGUGGAUUCUGAUGAUGACAAAUGUAUUACACGUGAAGAACUUAGAGAAUAUGCCAUUGAAUAUUUUGAAAUUUAUCCAACUGAAUAA